CGUUUGGGGGUGGCGGGGACGGGGGUGGGGGAAGCGAGGCACACAAAUAAAACCCAAGGAGGCGGACGUGAUGGGAAGACGCUGACUUGAGAGUCUCGAGCACAGCACACACUGCCCGACUCCUGCACCUCCAAGCACCCUAAGAACUUUAUCCAGGGCGAGGUGCACUUACUCCCAAGAACACCUGGCCCUGCCCUGCCCCCGCCGACGCACCCACGAAGCUCUUCCUCGACUCGGGUUCUGCUCCCUGCAGCCUGCGCCCCUCCAGUCCGCCCCAGCUUCGAGCAGUCCCGUGGGCUUGACGAUGAAGGCGGCCCGCUUUGUGCUGCGCAAUGCCGGCUCCCUGAGUAGUGCCAGCCUGGUGCCUCGCGAGGUCGAACAUUUCUCGCGCUACAGCCCGUCCCCGCUGUCCAUGAAGCAGCUGCUGGACUUUGGUUCAGAAAAUGCGUGUGAAAGAACUUCUUUUGCGUUUUUGCGGCAAGAAUUGCCUGUGAGACUAGCCAAUAUCUUAAAGGAAAUUGAUAUUCUUCCUGAUCGACUAAUUAAUACCCCUUCAGUGCAAUUGGUCAAAAGUUGGUAUAUCCAGAGUCUGAUGGAUUUGGUGGAAUUUCAUGAAAAAAAUCCAGAGGACCAUAAAGCUUUAUCAGAUUUUGUAGAUACUCUCAUCAAAGUUCGAAAUAGACACCAUAAUGUAGUUCCUACAAUGGCCCAAGGAAUCAUAGAAUAUAAAGAUGCCUGUACAGUUGACCCAAUCACUAAUCAAAAUCUUCAGUAUUUCUUGGAUCGAUUUUACAUGAACCGUAUUUCUACACGGAUGCUGAUGAAUCAACACAUUCUUAUAUUUAGUGACUCCAAGUCAGCAAACCCAACCCACAUUGGAAGCAUUGAUCCAAACUGUGAUGUAGCAGCAGUAGUCCAAGAUGCCUUUGAGUGUGCAAAGAUGCUUUGUGAUCAGUAUUACUUAACGUCUCCAGAAUUAAACCUCACACAAGUGAAUGGAAAACUUCCAGGCCAACCUAUUCACAUUGUCUAUGUCCCUUCUCAUCUUCAUCAUAUGCUUUUUGAACUAUUCAAGAAUGCAAUGAGGGCAACAGUGGAACACCAGGAAAAUUGUCCUUCUCUUACACCAAUUGAUGUGAUUGUUGUUUUGGGAAAAGAAGAUCUUACAAUUAAGAUUUCAGAUAGAGGAGGUGGUGUUCCCCUGAGGAUCAUUGACCGCCUCUUUAGUUAUACUUACUCUACUGCACCAACACCUGUGAUGGACAAUUCCCGGAAUGCUCCUUUGGCUGGCUUUGGUUAUGGCUUACCAAUUUCUCGUCUCUAUGCCAAGUACUUUCAAGGAGAUUUGAAUCUCUUCUCUUUGUCAGGAUAUGGAACAGAUGCCGUCAUCUAUUUAAAGGCCCUGUCUUCUGAGUCUAUAGAAAAGCUCCCAGUCUUUAACAAGUCAGCCUUCAAACACUAUCAGAUGAGCAGUGAGGCUGACGACUGGUGUGUCCCAAGUAAGGAACCAAAAAACCUGGCGAAGGAGACACUGGCUGUGUGAAUGGGGGCACUUGCAACACUGGAAGGGAUCAAAGUGGGCUCACACUAGUGCCGCUUCCUGAACGUUUGCAUGUGAACUCUGGUUUCCUCAACAACAUGACGACAAAAACUCCUUGAUUAGAACAUUGAGGCAGAGGAAAGGGGCUUGUUUCUGUUACCCAGGAGAGCACAGUGCUGGACGGCAGGAAUGAACAGAUGACUGACUCUUUUAUUCUUCUCACUUAGAAUAUGCAUGAGUUGAUAGCAAAUCCUAAAGAAGAAAUAAGCUUCAGUUUUCCAUUAUUUUAUCAACAAGAAUGGGAAAGGGAGAGAUGUGAAGACUUAGGCCAGAAGUUGCAAUUGACUGUGUUGUUGAAUGACGUUAAAAACAAUUGGUAUUUGCUAAAUACCAAGUAUCAAUAUAUCAAGCACUGCCCUGUCAUUCAAGGAUUGGGACUUACUUUACCUUGUGUGAUUAGAAAUGUAAAUGUACAUUUUAUGUGCAGAUAUGAAUCUGUAUAUUUAGUGUGUGUGUGUAUAUAUAUGUGUGUGUGUGUGUCUGUGUGUGUAUCCUCUAAGAAAAAAAUGUUGGCAACCUAAAAAAAUACUUGCUUUGAGAAGGUACGAGUUAAAACAUUUUAUUCAGUGUUGCUGCCAAGGUUUACUGCCAAUAUGAAAACUCAGAAGGAAACCUUUUAGUGAAAAGUAGAGCCCUUUAAUAUGCUGCUUUUCCUGUUCAUGCUCACAUAAUAAGAAAACAUUUAUUGUUAGGUACCUGGUUGUGGGUGAAUUAAAAAGUCUGCACCAAAUUCAGAGUGUUGGUAGUGGAGUGAGAUAAGAAUUACCAGGGUGACUGCAACCUAUCUCUUGUUUUGCUGUGUUUCUAAAUGAUUUGAAAAAAAAAAUCAAUGUUAAGGAAAGAAGUUUGUUCAGAACCUGUGUCAGGAGGAAGGACUGCUUUCUCCCAGGUAAUCCAAAGAUAUCCAUGUUUCUAGGAUUGAAAAGAGGGAAUAUAUGCAUAUAUGUUUAUAUGCAUAUAUACAUAAGCAUAUGUAUAUAUGCAUAUAUGUUUAUAUGCAUAUAUACAUAAGCAUAUGUAUAUAUGUUUACAUACAUAUAUAUGUAUUAUAUUAUCUACACUCCAGUGUUUAUUUGCCUGUAACACAAUUCCAAGGUGCAAAUGGCUUAAGAAAAUCAGAAUUUAAGUACUCCUUGAGUACUUUUACCAAAUAAAAUAAUUAAGGAGUUUUUAUGCCAGGAUGUUUUGUGAACCAUAGAGAUUUAAGAGCUGAUAUGUAAAAGCUGUAAAGCGUAUGAAAGUUUUGGAAAGUUGAGUUGGAUAUACUAGGCAAGUUGAUGGUUCAGCCUAGUAGAUUAUAUUUAGAGAAGAAAAUGAAUGUAGGAAGGGAGGGAAGCAGAAGACAGGCAUUUUGUGUAUGUUCUUCACAAGUAAUUUGAAGAAAAGUAACAUUUUUCUAUAUAAAUUAUUGACAAGAGCAUUUGUAUCUUACUAAGGACUAUGGUCUUUCUAAGUACUAUAUGGCUUCUUUAAAUGAUUAUCUUGUAAAAUAAUAGGCCUUUCUGAAAUUAAUAAAUUCAUCCGUGUCAAAUUGAUGUUUAUAAGUGGGCAAUAGAAAAAACUAGAAUUGUCAGCAUUGUAAAAUAAUCAGUACUGUUUUGUGUGUUGAGUUUAACGUGCAUAUUUAAUGUUGUUAUGGUUUAAUGUCUUGGUGCUGCAGAUAGAAGCCUCAAACUAUGUUUUGUAGAUUCAGACUUAACUAUUAAAGUUUCAGGCAGUGACUCUCAUUGAUUACACAAAACUAUUUGCAACCAAUUAUUUGACUUUUCAGUUUUUACUGAAAUGUAAACAUUUUUGCAUAUAGAUACAUGUAUUUGCCAAAGAUUUAAAGCAGUCAGUUAAUUUUAACAUAGCAAUACUGUGAACUAUCUUGAAACAGUAGAGAAAAAGAAAUACAUCUCCGUAACAAUAAUGUGUAGAGUUCUAUAAAAUAGGAAUAGUCUACACUGGCAUUUGUAAAUCUGUUGAUGAGUUUUAGGAUUCUAGUGGCUGAUACUGAAUGCUCAAGCGCACUUAAAUUCUUAAUGCAUAAAUUGUACUUUAUUUCUAGGUUGUGUACAGAGAAAUUAUAUAAUUUUAUAAUAAAUAUUUUUAUUAAAAUAGUAAAAACAAUCUUAAAGUUCUUUACUCAAAAUUAAUGGCAAACUACUGAUUAUUUGAGGUAAAUGUUUUCUUCAUUUUUAUUCAAUCAUAUUCAUGAAGACUUGAAAAAAGCAAAAGUAACUUGCAAUCUUACUGUAAAACAAAAGGUAUUUAUAGCACUCCAGAAAUUUCUGUCAUUUGCAUUCUUAUGUAUAACACAAGUGUAUGUUUAUCUACAUGUAUUUAAUAAUCAUUUUUGCAAUAUUUAUAUUCUCUACAUAUUUUGGUAAACUCACUUUAGAGUUCCAGUUUUUGUAUUUACAUAGUAAGUACAAUAGCGCACCAAAGUAAUUACCUAGAUCACUUAGGUAUUCCAAAUAAUUUCUGGAUUAAUAUCUGAGUAAAAAUAAAAUACCAAUAAGAUCAUUAAAUGAAAUUAAUGAUUUUACUAUUAUUAUACUGUCUUUUUUACCAAUUUAAUCCUACUUUAUCCUUACACAGCAACCUUUACCUGUUGCUAUCCUGUCCUUAUUGGCAAAGUAUUGCAAUGAUAAUAAGAAAAGGAGGAGGUAGGAAAGAAUGGGAGAGGGAGUAGGAGGUAGAAACAAACACAAAGACACAGAGAAGUUAUAUUAAAAUAAAAUUAUAAAAUCAUUGGAAGAAAUUUUCCAUGAUAAAAUUCUAGACUAUUGCCAGAAUGAUCAUACUUGAAUAGAAACAGCAUCAACUGAAGACAUUAGGUCCUGAACAAUCUAAUUUAACUAAUUCCCUUUUAUAAAGACAAUCUUCUUAUUUCCUUCAUUUCUUCUAUCUGAGAACUACUGUAUUAUGUUUCAAGGAAGCAUAUGGUCACAUGCACAGACAGAUGCACACAUUUGCAUAAAUCCCCCCCCACGAGCCAGUGCACGUACUCGCACACGCACACACAGAAUUCAGCUACACAGUUGUCUUAGAUUGAACUGUUUAAGAAAGUUAGUGCUGUUUAUCACUCAGAAUCUUCACCCAUAGUGCCAUAAAACUUGCAAGACAGAAAAUUCUACAAUUCUCCAUGUACUUGUAAUGUGUGCAUAAGAGAGAUCAAUGUGAUCCAGAAGCACAAAUAUUGAUUCUGAUAAUCCAAAAGCUUGAAUACUGAUCCGGAUAAUUAUUUUUUAUCCUACUAUGCUUUCAGUCACUAGUUACUUAUAUAGAUGGAGAUGUCUCAUAACUACUACAAAUGUACAUGGAAUCUCCAGGUCAUUUUUUCUGUCCUUACAAACCAAGUGACUUUCAGGUGACAACUUUCAAGUCAACUUUAGGUUAACUUUCAGGUUGACUUCCAAGUGACUAGGUCCCAAAUACUCACUCCCUUAUUCCCCAUGAACAGUUAGAAAAGUAAGAUUGUAUCUUCAUAAACAUUCUCUUUGGAGGAAUUUUUUACUUUUAAUAAAAAUUUGAAUUACUAACUUACUAAACAUUUACUGCAUAAAUGCAUAAAUUAAUUUAUGCCCAUCAUAGCACAUCAUCAUUGUAUUUUAGAGCUGGUUUGAAUUCUAUAUUUAAUAAUUGCACAUAAUAUUUUAUAAUAUUUUUAAAAUUUAAGUUGUAGUCAAAAAUUUUAUUGCAGAAACUCUGGAAUACGUUUACAAACUGUAAAUUGCAAUUGAGGUUUAUUUGAUAUCAUUUUCCAUUAGCAGUCUUUGGUCAUUAUCACAUCUUUAAAAAGAAAUUAAAUAAUGGUUAAGAUUAUUAUUACUAAGAAAAUUUCUUGAGAAAAUAGAUCAGUAUUUCAGCAUUUAUGGGUAUUUUCCCUUCUUGUUCACCUUGGACUCAGAUGAGAACAUAUUACCAUCCAUAUUUUAUGGCUCCUUAAUGGAAAUCAGCAACAUCUUUUAAUGAGAUUUUUCAGUUCCUACCCACUGCAAAUAAACAUUAAAAGUCAUUCAAAACCAGCAUAAAUGUCAGUAGCCUUGUAACUGUGUUAAAUCUAUUAAAUGAUGUGAAAAUGA